UUCCCUUUCUUUUGCUGCGACCACGUUAUACCUUCAUUUCAUUGACGAUGCGCUGGCUAGCGGUCUCGUCGCUAGCAUUUUUUUUUUCUAAUGUCUAUGCUGAUGGCGGUCUGUACCCUCCUGGUCUCCUACCACUCAUUAACCGAGAAAAUUCACUGUUAUCCACCGGCCAAUUCAAUGAAGCGGCAAAGAUAUAUUCAGAGGCAAUAGAACAGUCUCCCGCUGAUUAUCUGUUAUAUUACAAGAGAGCGACAGCGUAUUUCUCUCUUAGCCGCCACGGAUCGGCGCUGGACGACUUUGACAAAGUCCUUUCGCUGACAUCCGACACAUUCGACAAUGCCUAUUUCAUGAAGGCUCGAAUACACGUUAAAGAUGGCCAUUUUUCUCAAGCCAGGGAGUCGCUACAGCGCUUCAUAUCCAAGAACAAAGGGGAUACUGCAGCCGUAGAAUUGAUGAAAGAACUCCAGGAGGGAGAGACGAUCGCCAAGAAGGUCGAGCAGGAACGAAAGGCCCAUCUUUGGAAUGCGUGUGUAGAAAGUGCCAGUGCUGCACUGAAAACUGCAAGUCAUUCGGUUGAACUUCGUCAAACAAGGGCGGAAUGUUCUCUAGCUGCGGGGGAUUUCGAGGGAGCCGUGGGCGACCUUACCCGUUUGACACAUCUCCUUCCACCUUCAACGUCCCUCCAGACACGAAUAUUCCGGCUUGAUUAUUUCUUCUUACCAUCUUCACCUGCUGGCAUAAACGCACUUAAACAAUGUCUGCAUUACGACCCCGAUAACAAAACGUGUCUUUCUCUACACCGGAUCGCGAAAAGCCUUGAUAAAGGAAUAGCCAAGCUUGGCGAACUCUUAUCCAAUGAAGAUUGGCGCGGCAUCAUCACGCUUCUAACAGGUAGUGGCAAGGCCAAUGACCUGAUGAAGCGAUUUGAUGAUGCUAUGAAUGAUAACACUGCUCGUGAGCAGCUCCUACCACCACCGUCCUCGCCUAAGGAUAUGCCAAUACCGCUUCCCAACCCUGCCAAGUUCUCGCCCCGGAGGCAGACCUUGGUUCGGUCCCUUUGUAAAGCCUACGUCAAGUCGAACACACGGAAGGCAGAGCAAUGGUGCGAGCUGUUACUUACGAUGGACGGUUGCAGUGACGACGUCGACGGGCUGGUUGGACGUGGAGAGGCACUACUUCGAAGUGAAGAAUGGGAAGAAGCAGUUAGAGCAUUUGAGCGUGCGUUUGAAGCAAGUGGUCGAAGCGACCGGGAUAUACAUUCACGCGUGCAGAAGGCCCAGCGGCUACUGAAACAAAGCAAGCAGAAGGAUUACUACAAGGUCUUAGAUGUAGAUCGCAGCGCGGACCAGAAGACUAUCAAGAAGGCAUUCCGGAAAGCAGCCUUGAAGGCACACCCCGAUAAGGGUGGCUCCGAAGCCAAAAUGGCUGCCGUCAAUGAAGCAUACGAAGUGUUGUCAGACCCUGAGCUGCGGGCUCGCUUCGACAACGGUGAGGAUCCCAAUGACCCUAUGGCUCAGCAGGGAGGACACCCCUUCGCCAAUGGACAACAUCCUUUCGCACAAUUCUUCCAACAGAGCGGUGGAGGAUUCGCAAGUAGCGGCCAUCAUGGUGGAUUCCAGUUCCAUUUUGGACAUUGAUAGAUAUGGUAUUUUCGUUGUGCUGGACGGAACAUUGUAGUAUAUAGUGCAGUAAUGUAAGUUGCAUCAGAGAGCUUAAGAGUUA